CCGCCGGCUUAGCCCUGCGACCAACCCUACCCUCUAUAUAUUUCUCAGCGUUACCUCCUCUUAGUACUCUUCAAACAGCCGUUCUAAGCAAUAAGAAAGUCAUACAAUUAGCAGACUGAAGAACAAUUAAUCCUCCGCCUUUUGCUAACAAUGGGAGAGAAAGAGGGCGGAAAGAAUGAGGGCCAAAAGAAGGCCGCUGACAAGAAAGACGACGGCAAAAUCACCGCCGUUUACAAGAUGGACAUUCAUUGCGAGGGCUGCGCCAAAAAAAUCAAGAGAAUCGUUCGCAAUAGCGAAGGUGUUGACGAUGUCAAGGCAGAUUGCGCGGCCAACAAAUUGACGGUAACGGGGACAAUGGACCCCACGGGGAUCAAAGAGAAGCUGGAGGAGAAGACCAAGAAGAAGGUGGAGCUCGUGUCUCCGCAGCCCAAGAAAGACGGUGGCGGUGACAGUAAGCCCAAAGAGGAACCAAAGAAGGAAGAAAAGAAGAAGGAUGCUGAGCAACCCGCAAAACCUAAAGAGUCUACGUUGGUUCUGAAGAUCCGACUGCAUUGCGACGGUUGCAUUCAUAAGAUGCGGAAGAUCAUAAAAAAGUUCGACGGGGUUGAAAAGGUAGACAUAGACGCAGCCAAAGAUCUGGUAACGGUGAAAGGCACAAUGGACGGGAAAGCGCUGGUGGCCUAUCUCACAGAUAAGCUGAAGAGGACUGUCGAGGUUGUUCCACCCAAGAAAGACGAAGGCGGUGACAAGAAACCAAAGGAAGGCGGCGGAGGAGACGGAGAGAAGAAAAAGGAAGAGGGCGGCGGCGGCGAUAAGAAAGAGAAAGAGAAAGAGAAAGAAGGUGGUGGCGGCGGCGGAGGAGAUGGUGGGAAGAAAGAGGAAGGUGGGGCGAAGGUGGAGGCGAGCAAGAUGGAGUACCAUGGGUACCCCUACCCGCCACCCACAUACUGGUACUCCGGAAACGGGUACGCUCAGAAUUACCCGACGGAAGUUCACCAGGGGUAUGUAAAUCAUGCUCAGAAUUACCCGGCGGAAGUUCAUCAUGGGUAUGUUAAUCAGGCUCAGAAUUACCCGAUGGAAGUUCAUCAGGGGUAUGCAAAUCAGGGGUACGCGAAUCAAGAAUACUUGCAUCAGGGAUACGCGGUGCCCCACGCCCACGCCAUGCACGCGCCGCAGAUAUUCAGCGACGAGAAUCCCAACGCUUGUUCGGUUAUGUGAGAGGGCAAUAAACGGUGGGGCGAUCAAAGAUUUUACUAGAACUGUAAAUAAAGUGGGAGUAUAUACAGAGAGUGGAAAAGGACAGGAGUAGAUUAUAUAUGAAAUUACAGAUGAGGACAAUUUUAGUGUAAACUUCCAGACUUUUGGAAUUCUAGUGUAGGUUACACUCGCCAGCUGGUUUUGGCCGGUUCGGUGUUGGGUUC